ACCAUGGCAAUACAUAUACUUCUAGACAAUUUUUAUGAAUUCUUCUUACUGAACCCCUUUAUUUCUUCAAUAUUGGAGAGGAAAUCCGUUUCUCAACUGAUCUUCAAUAAUGGCUACCAAAGUCACUGGCUCACCAUCAAUCUGCCUCUUCAGCAGCCGUGGCAAAAAUUGCCAAUAUUUGCAUUUUCCAUAUUCGGGUUCAUUCAAUCUCCCUAUGGUCAAGGGCCAAUGCAAGAUCAAGAACCCUAAUCAUUUCUUCAAGUUUGGAGCUAAAUAUGGAAUUUAUAAUCACAGAUGUGUGCAAAGGAGAAAUUUUCAACUAAAAGCCUCAGCUUCUGGAGAUCAUUCUCCUUCCUCUUCAUGGAAAAAGUGGUUGUUGGGGCUGCUGCUAACAGUGAUUCUUCCUGCAGUGGGACAUAAAGGGGGGCUAUUUGCAGGCCUUAAAAGUAAGAUUGACGCAGCUGUGAAGACGGUGGAGACAGUAACAGAGAUAGUGGAAGAGGUGGCGGAGGAGGUGGAGAAGGUGGUGGAAGAGGUGGAGGAGAAGCUUCCACAGGAUUCAAAGCUCAAGGAAGCUUUAGAAUCCGUCGAGAAUCUGGCCAAGAAAGCUGUCAAGGAGGCUAAACAAGCCGAAGAACUUGUUCACAAGGUACAGAGCGUCGAGGAGACUAUAGAGGGGACAAUUGAGGGGGCAUUGAUGAAAGCUAACACAGAUGAAACAAAAUUGAAAGGUUAAAAGACAAGCUCAAGGUCCAAGAUCCAACUGCCAAAUAAUAGUUAAUUGAGAUCAUGGGUUUUUAUUAUUAUUAUUUUUUUUUUUUAUUUUUUUUUUUUUUGUAGGGUUAGUUUUGAUUCAAAAUGAAUAAGUGAUAUGAGUCGAAUUUUUUAUUACUUUUCUUCCUUCUUCUUAGUCUUGGUUCAUAAUGAAUAAGUAGUCCCAUCUAUCGUCACCCAAAAAGUUUUAGGGGAAAUUGUAUCGUGUAGAAACUCUAUAUUGGGAUGGGACGUGAAUUUCCAAUUACGACGGAGAUCCAAUGUCAAACGGCACUCGAAAUCCCUACUUAACUGGGUGUUCCACUUAAAUUCAUUGCCCCCAUCCUCAUAUUACUUAAUAAAUUAUUAUUUUUCUUCUUUGUUUUUCCCAAAA